AUGGAAAAAAGCAAUAAGAGAAAUAAGUCAAAUAGCAUUGGAAAAGUAAUUCAGAUGACGUCUAGAGUGCAAACAGCUUUGACGGCAGCUGCAGUUGCUUCAUCUGGUAAAAUGCCGUCUUUAAUUCGCAAGCAACGCCAUGGUUCACCUACUGCAGGUAUCUUUACACGCAGUCAGCAGAAACGGUCAUUCAGCUCCGUAUAUUCUGUACGACCAGGAAACAAUGGUACAACAAGCGAUACAAGCUGUGCAUCGUAUACUGAUCGCCUUCAAGUGCAGAAAAUGUUAGUAGUAUUUCUGACUUUGAUAUAUGCAUGGAGGAGUUAUGGUAGUUAUAAGUGA